CCGGGGAGGCCCCUGCGGUCGGGUUUUGUACUGGAGGUGUCAGGGGUCCCUGGAGGAAUAGUGGAGUGGGUUGUGCUGGGUUCUUUCUGUUUGUGAGGUGACUUUGUCAGUGUGAUGGAUGGCUUGGGAGGGGCCGAGGCUCGCAGCAGGGAGGUCAGGGGUCAGAACUCAGGCUGCAAGGCAUCAGGAAUAGAGAAGGGCUGGAUGGACGUGCUGGGAUCUGGCUAUGUUGUUGUGAGCUGCCAUCCAGCUCCUUCCUUGCUAGUUGCUUCCAUUGUGCCCAGACCCUGGUGCCUUCUCUUCAUGAAAUUCACAUGGGAGGGAGUGGGGAGCCUGAGCUGUCACUGACACACCCCACCCUUCUGCUUCCUGGUGGUCUGUCACCUGUGUCGCCCCUUCCUGUGCGGUGCUGCUUUGUGACGCCGCUGACCUCGACACUCCCCACCGUCUGUCUUCACAGCACCAGCUUCUGCGUGCUUGUCACAGCAGCUCUGAGUUAGAUGGUGGGCGUCGGGGGGUUUGGUCGCACACAUGGGAGGUAACUGGUGCAACUCUAAGCUGGGAUCACACAAGGGCAGUGUUUGAUUAAAGUUCGUGUCCAGGGCCUCCCUGGGGACACAGGUGUCAAAGUCUCAGCACUAUCAAGCUACCACCAGCCACUGCGGCCUGAUUGUGAUCCCUGGCCAAGGAGUGACCCACAAGGCGCAGCAGACCUCACCUGUCUCCCGGCUGCUCCUCUCAGCAGUGGAUCUCAAUAGAUCCACCUGUUCUGCUCCCCACUUUGUCUCUGGUUCGACGCCUCACCUUUUCCUCCGUGAACUACAGGCUAUUUUCUGUGGCUUAGUGGAAACCCCACAUAGAUUUGUUGCUCUUUGAAGACUGCCGUGAGGCCCCUGGCUGGCCAGCUAGUCUGUCGCCACGAAGCGUUUGGGACCGAGUUUCUGCUACGUUCUGAGAGGAAGUGAAAGCACAGAGAGAUUUAGCAGCUUGACAAGAGCAACACCGAGUCAUCAGGACGCUCUAGCCUCUCUUCUUCUGCGCGACCAUGUGCCCUGAUCUGAAUGAUGGCACAGCCCUGGCUCUUCAGUGCUCGUGCCGUUGGCUGCUGCUGCUCAUGGCCAGAGGUACUAGCCAGGCCCGACCCUGCUUAGCUUCCAGGAUCAGACGAGAUGGGGCGCGUUCAGGGUGGUGUGACCAUAGACCUGGAAGUCAUCUUCUGGCAAGUCCCUGCCCGCAGAAUGCUCUGUCACUGCUGAAAAAAAUUUAGAGCACGUGAUCGUGUGUGUUGUUGCUGAAAGAAGAAUGGAGGUGUUCCGGGGACUCCGUGACGCGCCGGCUCGGCUAGAGUGUGGCCACUGCGGGUUCAGGGGCGCGGAUUAUGAGGACGUGCAGAUCCACAUGGGCACCAUCCAUCCGGAGUUCUGUGAUGAAAUGGAUGCUGGUGGGUUGGGUAAAAUGAUAUUUUACCAGAAAAGUGCGAAGCUGUUCCAUUGCCAUAGAUGCUUCUUUACCAGCAAGAUGUACUCUAAUGUGUAUUAUCACAUCACGUCCACACACGCAGCCUCAGAGAAAUGGAAUGAGAAACCAAAAAACCAGUUAAACAGAGAAACAGAUCCUGUGAGGAGCACCCCCCUUUCUGAACAACAGAAAAUACCCUCUAAUUCAGUAGAGCUGAAACCUGUACCUGCCCUUCCCCCGGACACACAGAAACUUGGCCCAGUUUCAUCUCCAGAGUCACCAAAAACAGCUCCUCUUCCUUCUCUGGAGCCUCAGAAACCUGGCCCUGUUGUCUCUCCUGAGCCACUGGCACCUCCUCUUUCUUCUCCUGAGCCUCUAAAACCUGCUCCCGUUUCUUCUCCAGAACUUUCAAAGUCAGUCCCUGUUGUUUCUGAAUCUCAGAAACCAGUUUCUGUUCCUUCUCCAGAAGCACAGAAACUUGGUCCUGUGUCUCCUGAUCCAAUAAAGGCUGCUCUUAUUAACCCUAAGCCCCAGAAACACUCCCAUUUCCCAGAGGUACUGGGGCCGCCUUCAGCCUCAUCUCCAGAGUCACCAGUUGUGGCUGUGUCCCCUGACUCUUGGGGGCCAUCCCCAUCUGCAUCUCCAGAGUCUCGAAAGCCAGCCCGGGCGCUCUCUCCAGAGCCAAGGAAACCGUCCCCAUCAGAGUCUCCUGAGCCUUGGAAGCCAUUCCCUGCUGCCUCUCCGGAGCCUAGGAGACCAGCCCCGGCUGUGUCCCCGGGUUCUUGGAAGCCAGGGCCGCCUGGGUCCCCCAGGUCUUGGAAAUCUAGUCCUUCGGCAGCGUCAGGACCUUGGAAGCCGGCUAAACCUGCUCCCUCGGUGUCUCCUGGGCCUUGGAAACCUAUUCCUUCUGUGUCACCGGGACCUUGGAAACCGACACCCUCCCUGUCCCCUGCCUCCUGGAAGUCUUCAUCAGUCUCCCCUGGUUCCUGGAAAACCCCCCCCACGUCUCCUGAGUCAUGGAAGUCUGGCCCACCAGAACUGCGGAAGACGACACCUACAUUGUCACCCGAGCAGUGGAAGGCCGUUCCCCCCGUGUCUCCUGAGCUCCGUAAAGCAGGCCCACCCUUGUCCCCUGAACUUCGAAAACAAGGCUCACCACUGUCCCCGGAGAUGCGUAGUCCAGCUGGCUCUCCAGAGCUCAGAAAGCCCUCGGGUUCUCCAGAGAUUUGGAAGCUUUCUCCUGAUCAGCGGAAGACUUCUCCCACCUCACUUGAUUUUCCUGAGUCCCAGAAAAGUUCACGUGGUGGUUCCCCUGACCUCUGGAAGUCUUCCUUUUUUAUGGAACCUCAGAAACCUGUCUUCCCCGAGACCCGGAAAACAGGGCCUUCUGGACCUUCUGAGUCCCCUAAAGCAGGCUCUGAUAUCUGGAAAUCUGUCCUUUCCCUUGAUACUGAGCCUAGAAGACCUGCACUGUUUCCUGAGCCUCCCAAAACAGCCCCUCCUGCUUCUCCUGAGCCACGAAAACGCACCCUUUUCCCAGAGCCCCGGAAGCAUGCUCUCUUCCCUGAACUCCCCAAAUCUAUGUUUUCAGAAUCUCAGAAGGCAGUUGAUCUUGGUGAUGAACUGCAGACAGAAGCCAUAGAUGAUCAAAAGUGUGAUCUUUUGGUCCAGGAGGACAUACUAGCUACACCUAAGAAGCUUUUAGAAGACACUUUAUUUCAUUCCUCAAAGAAGCUUAAGAAAGACAACCAAGAGAACUCAGAUGCUGAGCUGAGUAGCAGUGAGUAUAUGAAAACAGAUCUGGAUGCAAUAGAUAUGAAGGGUCAAGAGUCAAGUAGUGACCAAGAACAGGUAGAUGUGGAGUCUAUUGAUUUUGGUAAAGAGAGCAAGAUGGACAUGGCUAGCUCAGAGCACUCCAAAAAUGUACUGCAGUUCACGGAAGAAAAAGAGGCUUUUAUCUCUGAAGAGGAGAUUGCAAAAUACAUGAAACGUGGAAAAGGAAAGUAUUAUUGCAAAAUUUGCUGCUGUCGUGCAAUGAAAAAGGGCGCUGUUCUGCAUCACUUAGUAAAUAAGCAUAAUGUCCACAGUCCUUACAAAUGCACCAUUUGUGGCAAGGCUUUUCUCUUGGAAUCUCUCCUCAAAAAUCAUGUAGCAGCCCAUGGGCAAAGUUUACUGAAAUGUCCACGUUGUAAUUUUGAAUCAAAUUUCCCAAGAGGUUUUAAGAAACAUCUAACUCACUGUCAAAGCCGGCACAAUGAGGAGGCAAAUAAGAAGCUGAUGGAAGCUCCUGAGCCCCCAGUGGAGGAGCAGCAGACCUGACCUUGGAACGAGGCUGCUCUGCAACGGCCCGUCGGAGCCGUUCGUCGAAGGUAGAGUUAGUUGACUAGUCUUGUUGGAUCAUAGACGAUGUGUUUGGAUGUGUUUGGUGUCUCAGUAGCUUUACAAAGAAACAGGUUAUUUUUUCAUGGCCUUUGUUUAUGUGACUGUCUCGUAAUUCAGUAAAUUCAAACUGUUCCACUUGGACACGGUCUCUCAUGUUGUGUAUUUGAAUAGUGUGGAGAAUGUGGGCAUUCCCUGUAACUAGAGCAAGCGGUGCUCGAUUUUAAAGUGUAUCUGUCGAGCUAAUUUCAGACAAUGGAAAUUACUAGUUGGAAUGUUUUAGAAUUAGGCAAGAAACAUUUGAAAAUUUUUGCUCACAUGUAUUUUCAGAUUAUAAAAGUUAUUUUAAAGUUUCUUUUUGAUAUAAAGUUAGUUUGUAAAUCUUGAGCUGUUUCUAGAUGUUUAUUAGCUUUUACGUCAUGGCAAAUGGGAGUCUCAGGGUUGCUGAUUUUCUGCUAAAGGGGAAAAUUGAGUAAGUUUUAAAAAAAAAUAGUGUGCAGCCUUCUCUAGGAAACUGGAAGAGAGUGUGAUUUUAGGUUUUGUCCUUAGAUGUUUCCUUUGGAGUCUUCCAUUCUGUGUCUUACCCAAGAUCUCACCCUUCUCUUGCCCCUGAGCUCACGCCAGUAGAUGAUCCUCAGUUGCCAGGUGUUUUAGAGCUUGUACCUCCUGCUCCUGGGCCUUCCACAUGCCACCCGUUGGGAUGUCAGGCCAGGGCAUGAGUAGGAACUGAACGUCUUCCAGAUUCACAGUAGGAAACUUUAUAUAGACACUUGCUUAAAAAUACAUCGAUUUUAUGUUUUCACAGCUGUUACUGUAAAUAUCUUGUGCCUGUCAAUGGGCUACUUUAAACUGUUUUGUCAAAUGUGUAUUGAUCAAAUUAAAAACAAAGGUUGUCACGUCAGCAGCAUCUUUUUGUGUUCUUCCCUCUUGUGGAAUCUCCAUUGCACAACACAAAAUUCAGGAAUUUUCCUGUUUCCUCCUUGCAUCACAUUAAUUUUCCUGUCCGGAGCGGCAUUUUCUAAGUUGUGUUUUCUCAGGAGUCUCGUAGCUGGGUAAGGCAGGGAACGCACCAGGGGAGUCUCCUCAGCCUGGCCCUGGUGCUGUCCAUCCCGGCUGCUUGUGGGGGCAGCGCGUCAUCUGCUGCCACAAGGAUACUGAUGUGUGGCUAGUGCGGGCGCUGGGUUUCAUUAAGUUGUCCUUGACGUUGAGCAAGGGGUGCUUUUUCCCACGACACCCUAACGUGCCAAUCUGGAGGACUUAGUGUGAUGACGGUGCUGGAUACGCUCCAGAGGCAAGUCUGUUGUCCAAGCAUGCCCGUUGGGGCCCUGUGAGUCAGUCCCCACCAGUUGCGGCUGUCAGGUUAUACGGGCAUCUUGGGCCGAGCUCCCAGUGCUAGAGGUUACCCUCAGGCUGGAUGCCAACCAGCAGGGCAGGCCCCGUCUUGGACCUGUGGCUGUCUGUUUCAUCCACACUGGCUUAAAGUCAUGAGAAUUACAGAAAGAGGCCUGCAGCGCCCAGGAGCCCCUGGAAGCCUGCACUCAAAGCAGCUGUGCUGCACGCAGUGGUCUCUACUCCUUAGCAUUCCGUGCUGUUGGCUGCAGCCUUCAGAAUUCUGCCCAGGACCAACACCAGGAUCUUCACAUCGGUGCAACUGGAUCCCAAGUGCUGAUGUCUCUUACCCAGUUGUCACAGAGGACUCCAGCGGUGAUGAUACGUCAGUGGGCUGAUGUGGUGCAGAGGUUUUACCCCUAUUUGGUCAAAAUAUCAUGUUUGCAGCUCACCUCACUGUGGGUUCCCGUUUUUCUCCCUUUAGAAACAACUUUUUUAAACCUUGAGAACUUUGAUGCUGUCCAACAGCAUCCUGCUUUAAUCAUUAUGGCCUCUACAUUUAAUGUUUCUUUUUUUCCUGUUAUUAUAACUUUCUAUUGAACGCAGCCCAACAAUCUUCUGCAGUAUGAAGGGGAAUAGAAAAAUAAUGUCCCAGUUUGUGAGCCCCUCCUGCUUUAGUGAAAAUGAUUAUGAAGAUUUAAGGUCCAACACCGAUUCUCACUCAUCGACUGUCGUCUCGUGGGGGCAUGAAAGAGCAGGACACUAGUAACUUGCACAUAAGGGACAGUCAGGAGGUGGCUGCACACACAAAGGGAGGGCUCAGAAGUGACAACAUGGACACCUCAGGCUGACCUUCAGCACAGAGAGCACUAGGACAAGAAAAUGACAAGAGCAGCGAUGCUGACAAAAAGUCCCAGCAGAACCUGGGGAAGGGGACGAGUGUGGUUUCGCGAGUCACACAUUGUGAGAUGUCAGUGUCCAGUACUCAACAACCAUCCCCCACCCAAGAGAGAAAAGCAAGGCAUGUGGCGCAAAAGGAAAAGUGUGAGCCCUUCAGAGGGAAAAUUUAACCAAAUCUCCCUGAGAGAAGCUAAACAGAGACACUAGACUACUGAGGGUCUGUGAGAUGAGUCAGAACAGGUCUUACCUCAGCUUUACCUUCAGGAUUUAGAGUUGGGACAAGGGAGAGUUGAUAGAUGAAGUAGCUGAUAACUUUACCAGGUAAAUACUUUUACUCAGUAAUAGCAGAAAUUGAGAAUGCAAACAGCAGCUGCAUGGAAAACCCCACGUAGAGGAGAGGAGCUUGCACGUCCGGGAAGGGAAGAGAGGAGAGGGCUCCAAAGGAGUGUGAGAAGGGGCUGGUGUCCCUGCCCAGUGCCGUGGUGGGUAGGGCACCGGCCCGUGUGGAGUCAGGAAGGGAGCAGAGAGGUAACUGCACCAAUUUCUUAGCUUGAGUUAGCCGGUUCUGAGAUACAUGUAACACCGUGUAAGGGUAGAUAGUAUAAGCAGUUUGGGAAUUACUAAAUGAACUCCCGUUGACUGGGUCAGGAAACCUUGAUCUUGGCUUAAUUGUACCAUGAUCUUCCUUCCUGAGUGCGCACCAACGUGGGACUUCCAUUAUAGUUAUUUCCCCAGUUCUUCAUCACGGUAUCACCAAGUACGUAUUAUUAAAGUAUAACUUUUGUCUGUUAUUUAAAGUUUAAAUCAUGAUGUUCAUUUUUUUGGCAACAUGCUCAUUAUUGCAUGUAGCAAGAGCCUAAUUAUUUUCGCUGCUGUAUAAUGUUCCACUAGGUGCAAAGUAAUGUUUCCAUUUUCUUCUACAUACACAGUACAUUACUGCAUUAAAAUUUUCUACCCCUGCUGGAAUAACACUAUCCCUAGAAUUUUAUAUUCUGAUUUCUUCAUGUAACAGUGUAACAGGCUUUAUAAUAGAUAACUAUUAUAAACUAUUAUAACUGUUUUGAAACAGGUCAUGGAAAUGUGUAUGUUUCCAAAUUUAUUUUGAAAUAAAUUAUAAGAUCUGACCUCGCUUCACUGGUAAAUGCCUUCGCUUGCGCGUCUAAGCAAAAUCAUCUCCUAAACAGCCGCAGCGUCAUCCCCCCAGAGUGAAUCUCUUCAUAUCCUUGUCCAAGCCAUGCUCAGGUUUCCUCGUUCCACCCUCAAAAGUUUUAAAAACAGGAUUUAUUUGAAAAUAAGUUAAGCCAAGGGAUCUGUGGUUGUCCAACUGGAGGAGGAGAGCCCGGACCCAGGAGGCCUCUUAGUUCAGUGCAGCGAAGGAACCAGGGAGUGUUGGACUUUGCUUCUAGUCUGGCAUCACCCGCACUGGCCCUGGCACACAGUAGGUCCUCAGAAAACAUCCGGGGAAAUAUGUAAGUGUGGAAAGCCCUGGCCUGGCCCUGGUGCCCAGCAGGUCAGGAAUUGUGGGGUCUGAAUCUCCCCUGUGCUCUGGAUGUCACCCGGGCUGCAGCACACGGGGGUCCUCAGGAAGAACGAGUCCUGGGGUGGCCG